AUGGCUUCUCGCCCCUCGUACAACUUACGCGAUGAUUUCUUUCAGCCCCUGGCUUCGACGAGGUUGACUCCGUGGUCAAUAGUGGUGUCCAGCUUGCUAAAGCUACGAGAGCGCGGCGACUACGAAGUCUCCAGCGCCCGUUCUGUUGAAUUUAUCGUGAGGGAGCUCGAAGGUUUUGGGUUUCGGUGCGAGCCUGAGCUUAUAGUGACGAAGUUGCAGUGGAUCCGCGAGACAAUUACCACAGCGGCGGUAGAUCCGAGCGCGACGAGCAACAAUACUGCGAAUUAUGAAGUGCAGACGCUAGAUUUAAGGAUGGAGAUGAUGCUGCCAAAUCCAUGGAUGGAAGCAGUCUGGCAAGAUUUUGACCUCUUGAUUGAUCUAUUGCUCACCGAGGCGGAGCGUGCAAGUUUACGUCGGUUUAGGGAAGUUGUUGCUCGAGAAGAUGACGCAAAGCGGGAGCGUGAAGAAGAAGUUGCGGAAUUCUAUCGAUGUGGGGGAGGGACAGCGGACGUGAUGGCAAAGAACGACACGGAGUGGAAUAACCCGUUGCCUUUGGGUGGUCCUAGUCCUGUACGAAGGUUGGAAGAAUGGAUAUCCACCAACUACAGAUCGUAUUGCGCGUCUGACACUAGCGACAAGAGUGCCAUGAUCCAGGAUCUCUGCAGAACGAUGAAUGCCGCAGGAUGGUCCAGCUAUACGAUGACAAAGCUCGAAGAAAAGAUCAACGACAUGAUUCGAGAGGUCAAUGCGGAAGACGGACGUCGUCAUCGCCUACGAGAUAGCGGUGAUGACUAUUGCUGCUUGGCUGACUUCGUAGCUCGAAGAUAA